AUGGCAGAAAGUGUUGUCACCUUCUUGCUCGACAGGCUCACCUCCUUGAUCGAACAGGAGGGGAGACUAUUCUCAGGGGUCCAAGCACAGAUCGAGGAUAUCAUCGAUGAGUUGGAGCGCAUUAAAGCCUUCUUAAGGGUUGCUGACACAGAGGAAGACGAAGACCCUCGACUCAAAGUGUGGGUUAAACAAGUCAGAGACUUGGCUUAUGAGAUUGAAGAUGCGCUUGACAAAUUCAGGCUCUCUCAUUCACAUGUUCACAGGCACGGAUUCCAUGCAAUCCCUUCGUUAAUUCAAUUAUGGAUGGCUGAAGAAUUUGUCAUCGAAAAGAACGGAAAGACACCAGAAGAAGUUGCUGAGAGUUAA